UUAUCUUUUAAAAUACAUAUUUCAGUGUGAUCGUGAACUAAAAUGGCUGAGAAGUUUUUAUUUUUAGCGCCGGUGCUGCUUCUCGCUUUGCAAGUCAGCGUUGAUGCUCAACGUUACUAUCAUCCUCGAAGCUACCUCGGUCGUGAUCUGUAUGAGCAUGGGCGUUCGAUAUCCGAUAACUUGGUCACGUGUGGACCUCACACCUGUGGAGUAGGAGCACACUGCAUCCACGGAAGUGUUCGACCUGUGUGCGCUUGUUUGGCUGGUUACUCUGGCGAUCCGCUGUCUCAGUGUAUUAAAAUCGAGUGCCUUGAUAACAGCGAGUGUCGCAGUCACCAGACCUGCGUUAAUCAGCACUGCGUGAACCCCUGCGAGGGCACUUGCGGCAUCAACGCCAAUUGUGACGUCCGUAACCACAUCCCAGUAUGCACGUGUCCGGCUGGAUACACAGGAAAUCCAUUCUCAUCAUGCAGAAUCGCUGAUCCUGAGGAGGCUUGUCAUCCAUCACCGUGCGGUCCCAACACGAAAUGCCACGUCGCGAAUAACCAGGCUAUCUGCACCUGCUUACCCGGCUAUAGAGGCAGCCCUCUGAGCGGAUGUCGUCACGAGUGCGAGUCUGACGGCGAGUGCGGCGCACAGCAGUCCUGCAGGGAUUUCAAGUGUGUGAGCCCGUGCAGCGAUUGCGGAGUUAACGCUGACUGUGAAACCGUCGCGGCACAUCGCGCCGUCUGCAAGUGUCCUCGGGGAUAUCAUGGCGAUCCCUACCGUAUCUGCUCGGCUGAGUGCACAUCAGACAGCGAGUGUCCCAGCUACAAACCCGCCUGUGUGUACAACGCUUGCAUCGACCCUUGCGUCAACUCGUGCGGUGUCAACGCGGACUGCAACCUUCGCGGCUUGACCCCAGUCUGUUCCUGCCCUAGAAACAUGACCGGGGAUCCCUUCACUUUUUGCAGACCCUUUGAGGCCCGUGAUUUAUGCGAGCCAAACCCCUGUGGAGCCAACGCCAAGUGCACCCCAGGUCACGACCGCACCGGCGCUGAGCGUCCGGUCUGCACUUGUCCUACCGGGUACAUCGGAAACGCCCUUGUUUCCUGCGAACGUGGGGAGUGUGAACUGGAUUCUCAGUGCUCCGAUCACCUGGCCUGCGUUGGUUACCAGUGCGUGGAUCCCUGUCUCGGUAACACUCAAUGCGGUUCCGGCGCCGUUUGUAUGGCCAGGAGACAUCUUGCCGUCUGCACUUGUCCUUCAGGACACAAUGGCGAUGCUCUUGUGAACUGUUAUGAAUCUCAAUCAGUAGUGGCCUCGACCCGCUACUACCGGUACAAGAGGAAUGGUAACUACACAGUACCCGCCUCCGAAGCUGCAGCUGCUAAUGGAGUGACUGAAGAGAAACAAGAAUAAAUCGAGACAACAAUGAACUGCCUUUAAUCGAUAACUAUAACAUUUUACGAGCCUGGUGCUAAUAAACUAAAUAAAAAUAUGAAUGGUUGA